UUCGGAUAGGUAAAGUAGCUCAAAAUCCAUCAAUGGCGAGACUGGUGCUGUUGCUCUUUUGAUGAGUUCAAAAAAACCCCGAGCCCAACCCGUGCUCUACUGCUCUCUCUAUGUAUCUUCCUGUCAUUCCAAUCCACGGUAACUGCCGACUCUUCUCUUCGCCGAAAAUCGCUCGAAGCAGAUGCCAAACCCUCGUUCGAAUUUGCAAAAGCAAUCAAUUCAUCCCACACGAAUAGCAAGAACCAGAAUAUGACAGUGGAAGUUGCGAACGGUCUCGUAGAGGCUGUGCCUUUCCCCAAAGGCGGCGAUUCAAUCCCUACCGCGGCCUCCGCCGCGAAGAAGUCGCGCGAGAGCGAGCGGCGGAGGCGGCGGCGGAAGCAGAAGAAGAUCAACAAAGCAUCGUCUCGGCAGCCUACCAAGGAAGCGGAGGCUGACGGAGACGACGACAGCGACACCACCGCCGGUGAAGACAAUGGCAAGGAGAACGCCGAUCCUCAGAAGGCCAUGGAGCAAGUUGAAAUUGAGUAUGUACCAGAAAAGGCUGAAUUAUAUGGAAAUUUUGAUGAGGAGUUCAGAAAGGUCUCUGAGAAAUUCAGUUUUAAGGAAAUUGCAGGGUCCAAGGAGAAUGAUAAAAAGGACGAGGAUGCCAAUGCUGCCUUAAAGAAGAAGGAUGACUCAGAUUUUGAAGAGGAAGAACAGGAUAAUCAACAAAAAGAGAAAGGCAUCUCGAAUAAAAAGAAAAAGCUUAAUCGUCGGAUGAAAAUUGCUGAACUGAAGCAGAAAUCUACAAGGCCUGAUGUAGUUGAGGUAUGGGAUGCAACUGCAGCUGGCCCUAAAUUAUUGGUGUAUCUAAAAUCAUAUAGAAAUACGGUUCCAGUGCCAAGACAUUGGUGUCAGAAAAGGAAAUUUUUGCAGGGAAAGCGUGGUAUUGAGAAACAGCCUUUUCAACUUCCUGAUUUCAUUGCUGCUACAGGGAUUGAGAAAAUCCGACAGGCUUACAUUGAGAAAGAGGACAGUAAAAAGCUUAAACAGAAGCAACGCGAGAGGAUGCAGCCAAGGAUGGGGAAAAUGGAUAUUGAUUAUCAGGUUCUCCAUGACGCUUUUUUCAAAUAUCAAACUAAGCCAAAGCUGACAGCCCAUGGAGAUCUAUAUCAUGAAGGGAAAGAGUUUGAGGUAAAGCUAAGGGAGAUGAAGCCUGGGAUGCUAUCACAGGAACUAAAAGAAGCUCUUGGUAUGCCAGAAGGAGCUCCUCCCCCAUGGCUUAUCAAUAUGCAGAGAUAUGGUCCACCUCCAUCUUAUCCACACUUGAAAAUUCCUGGGCUGAAUGCUCCAAUUCCUCCUGGAGCUAGUUUUGGUUAUCACCCUGGAGGCUGGGGCAAACCUCCUGUUGAUGAAUAUGGUCGCCCACUGUACGGAGAUGUAUUUGGGGUUCAGCAGCAAGAACAGCCCAACUAUGAGGAAGAACAAGUUGAUAAGACCAAGCAUUGGGGUGAUUUGGAAGAAGAGGAAGAAGAGGAGGAAGAAGAACAGAUUGCGGAUGAGGAAUUGGAGGAUGGGAUUCAAUCUGUUGACAGUCUUUCAAGCACUCCUACUGGUGUUGAGACUCCAGAUGUUAUUGACCUUCGCAAGCAGCAGAGGAAGGAGCCUGAGAAGCCUCUUUACCAAGUACUUGAGGAAAAGGAAGAAAGGAUUGGUCAGGGAACCUUACUUGAAACAUCUCAUACUUAUGUCAUUGGCACUGGCACUCAAGACAAGACAGCGGCCAAAAGGGUUGAUCUGCUUAAAGGUCAGAGAUCAGAUAGAGUUGAUGUUACAUUGCAGCCAGAGGAGUUGGAACUCAUGGACAAUGUUUUGCCUGCGAAGUACGAGGAAGCGAGGGAGGAGGAGAAGCUGCGUUGUCAGAGAGAGGACUUCAGUGACAUGGUUGCUGAGAAUGCGAGGAUGAAGAAACGGAAAAUGCAGGAAAAGGAGGGGAAACCAAGGAAAAGGGAGUUCAAGUUUUAGGAAGUCUUGGUUAUGUAGUCGUAAUGCUGUUAAUAAUCCCAGAUUCAUUACGCCUUAUCGGCUACAUCUAUACAUUCAUCAUAUAGAAUUAUCUUGUUUGUGUUUAUGCAUUGCAAAAAGAAUGUAGUGGCAGUAGACCUACCACUCCCUGACUAUAAACCCAGCUGCGCUAACCUAGUCGUUAGUUUAUGAUUUUCCGAAUGGUAAAUUAUGUUUUGAUGCUUU